AUGUGCGGCAUCCUCUUCCGCCUCUACCGUCAUGACAACAACAAAUCGGAAUCCGUAGAUCAGCUUUACCCCCUCGUCAAAGCCCGCGGACCCGAUGUCUUCGCUAUACAUACCGUACAGCACGGUGAAUGGGUGUUGGAGUUCACGUCGAGCGUACUACAUCUGAGAGGAAGCGAUGGACCGACAGCGCAGCCGUUGAGGAGUGGGAGUGGGGAUGUGCUGUGUUGGAAUGGAGAAGCUUACCGUGGCCUCCCUACUGCUGACCUCGCUGAGCCAGCCACAAACGACGGUGCGCUUCUCCUCUCGACGCUGAGCGCCCACGAGAAAGAUGUCGCGGGGGUCAUGGGUGCAGUGAGGGGUGAGUGGGCGAUGGUCUAUUACGAGAAAGAGGCGGGUAGAGUGUGGAUCGGACGCGAUUGUCUGGGAAGGCGAUCGUUAUUGGUGAGGAGGGAAGGUGCGGGUGGGUUUGCGCUGAGUAGUGUUAGUGAUGGAGGAAGGGAGUGGGAGGAGGUGAAGGCUGAUGGGUUGUAUUGCAUCGACCUUGACGAUCUUCCGGCUUCUGGUGAUAUUCCUCUGACUCGCAUACCCUUCCUCCCCCAACAACCCCAAACACCCUCCUCCCCUACCGCGAGCAUGACCCUUCCCUACCCACCCCUCAACGCAACCCCCCCAUCCCCCAACGACGACGUCGAUGCCGACGAGCUCGAUAAGCACACCUCUGCCCUCCACGAAGCCCUCAUCCGCUCACUCCAGACCCGAACACAGACAAUCCCGGCCCUGAGCCUUCACCCCGAUUCCUCCUCCUCUUCCGGUGGCCCUUCGGAUCACCCACGGAUAGCCGUCCUGUUCUCCGGGGGCCUGGAUUGUGCAGUCCUAGCACGACUCUUGGACAAUGUCCUGCCACAGGGAGAGCCCGUUGAUCUGGUCAACGUCGCGUUCGAGAAUCCGCGGAGUAUCCAGAACGCCAAAAAUGAAAAACUCGGCGCCGCGAAACGGGCAGCGAAACUCAAACUCAAAAUGAACGGCACUGUCGAAUCGUCGUUGGAGAAGAAGGUGGAGGAGAAGGUGGAGGAGAAGGUGGAGGUGGAGGAUGAGGAUGAGGAUUGGUAUGCCCACUGUCCGGAUCGCAUAACUGGUCUCCAAGGGUGGCGGGAAUUACUCUCUGUCACAGACUACAGGCGACCUUACCGCUUCGUCGAAGUCAAUGUCCCGUACGCUGAGGCUAUGUCGCACAAACCACGAAUCGUGGAUCUCAUAUGGCCGAACGACACGGUAAUGGACGUAUCGAUCGGGAUGGCGUUCUACUUCGCUGCCCGUGCCCAUGGUCGCCUAAGGGUGUCGAAUACGGAUGGGAUGGAGGUGGUACAGGAAGAAGAGUAUGACUCCCAAGCCCGAGUUUUCCUGAGUGGGUUGGGCGCGGAUGAGUUAUUUGGCGGCUACUCGCGACAUGGGAACGCGUAUCGCACCAAUGGAUGGGCAGGGUUAGUUGAGGAGCUCAAGUUGGAUUUAGCACGGUUACCGACGCGGAAUUUGGGGAGGGAUGAUAGAGUCAUCGCUCAUUGGUCACGGGAGGCACGGUAUCCCUUCCUCGACGAGGAGGUGGUUUCGUUGGCGUGUAGCUUGCCAGCGCAUAUCAAGCUCUGUCCCCCACCGCCUGCAGCUGGAAAAGAGACGGAUGGGAGUGGGGAGGUGGUGGCAGGGGAGAAAGAGUUGUUGAGGAGGGUCGCGAGGAGGGUGGGGUUGGUGAAGAGUGGGGGGGAGAAGAAGAGGGCUGUACAGUUUGGGAGUAGGACUGCGAGGAUGGAGGUUGAGGAGGUUAAGGGGAGGGGGAUGGGAGCGGUUAAGGUUAGAUAG